CUACAUUGGUGGGAGAUGGCCAGUGUUAAAAUGAAAUUCUUUGUAAACUUACUUAAUGUAUCUUUUUGCCUUUCAGGUUUUUAUCUAAUUGUGUACCAUGUGUUGCUGGGACUGUUUUUGUGGGCAUACUGGCAAACCAUUUUCACAGACAUUGGUACAGUUCCUAAACAGUUUAGAUUACCACCCACUGAAUUGGAUCGUUAUGAGUCAGCGGAGACAGAUGAAGUGAGAAGAGAUGUCUUAGAGAGGUUUAUCCAGAAGCACAGCCUUCCUGUGUAUAACCGUACCAUGACUGGUGACAUUCGAUACUGUGAUAAAUGUGUGCAGGUCAAGCCGGACAGAUGCCACCAUUGCUCAGUGUGUGGAGUGUGUGUCCUAAAACUGGACCAUCAUUGCCCCUGGGUCAACAACUGUGUUGCCUUCACAAACUACAAAUUCUUCAUCCUUUUCUUGGGCUAUGCUCUCUUGUACUGCCUUUUUAUUGGAGCCACAACCUUACAGUAUUUCAUCAAGUUUUGGAAGAAUCAGCUUGAUGUUGAUGGAAAGUUUCACAUACUGUUCGUCUUCUUCGUUUCCAUUAUGUUCGCCAUCAGUCUGGUAUCUUUGUUUGGGUACCAUGUUUUCUUAGUUGUCAAGAAUAGGUCCACAUUAGAGUCAUUUCGUGCUCCCAUCUUCCGGUUGAACCAUACGUGGAUGCAAGAUAAAGAUGGCUUCAGUCUGGGUGCUCUUAAUAACUUCAUUGAAGUGUUUGGAGAUGAUAGGAAAUUGUGGUUUCUGCCAGUGGCCUCCAGUCUAGGCGAUGGUGUAAGUUACCCGGUGCGCGGCCAACAGCCCCCUUCUACUACUACUGCCACCACUUCCCCUGUGCAAUCCUAUGGCAGCACACAGACCAGGAGGACUGCAUUUAAAAUCUUAAGAGCAAGUUUGGGUGAUGGAGUUACCUACCCUCAACGCUGUGUAGAUGAAGACACAGAUGAUUUAUUAGGUGCUCGUCAGCGUUGGGCUGAUGAUGAAGAAGAAAAUGAAUUGAUGUGUACUGGAUACACCAACAGCCACACACAUGCACUUGAAGAAGUUAUAGUUCAAGCCAACCAUACUAAUCCUGUAUAAGGAGUGUCUCUUGGAAGAAAUCGACAUAUGCAGAUAAUAUUGUUUACAAACACCUUUGAGAGAUGAACUCUGCAUCAGACACUCUGGGAAAAGCAUCUGUGCCUCUGCAAAAACCGAUCUAUUCACAUUUUCUUGCAGGAAAUCCUAUGCAUCUGCAAAUAUUGGUUAAGUAACUAAUGGCAAUAAGUUUCUUUACAAUUUCAGCUUUAAAAAUGGGUGUCAGAAAUAUUUAGAUAAUUCAGAAUUUGGUUAGGUGUUCAGUCUCUCUAUUAGCAAAGUGGGGAGCCCUUAAGAACAGACAGAUUUCAUGUCAAUAUAAAACAAAAUUUACAGGAAUAUGAUUUGAUAAUGGACUACAAUAUGUCUGAGAGACUCGAGAAAAUUAAAGCUCUGAUUGGAGACUGGAAUGGCACAGCUAAAGUUGAAAAUGCAAAGCUUUCACAUGUAGAUAUAAAGUCCAUUGUGUUAGUUUUGCUAAUGUCUUUGUGAACAUUUAGUACUGGAAUGGUUUUUGGUAAGAUUAGGCUUUCUUAAGGUGUUGCAGCUGAUCAAAACAUGUAUAGUUAUGGCAGUGUGAACAACACACCAGGGUAAGAAUUUUCCCAGCUAAUUUAUGUAAAUUAAAAUUACUGUAUUUUGAUUUAUGUUUGAUGCUUAUUAUUUGUGUAUUUAAAUUUUUCUUAAUUAGGAUCUAAAUCUACAUAGAGUACAGUAUGAAUUGAUCUAACAGUAUUUGCUAGACUUUUAUCAAGAUACAGUGUAUUGGUGUAAUAUCUCUAAAGUGUAAGAUUUUUCAAAACAAAACAAGAUUUGCAUUACCAAAAAAAAAAAAAAAAAGCAGAAGGGAAGUGAUGGAAAUUUAACAAUGAAUUUCUAGAUAAAAAGCAUAAUAUUUUCACUAAGAUUUGUUUCAUAACCAUUUCAUUAUGUUGCUCUUACAUUAUCAGUAUAACAGAUUACAUUUUCUGCAAAUACAGGAGAGACUUGGAGAAAUUUACAUGCCUAGAUGCAUUUAAUAUAAUUUGUUUGUGCAUUUGUGCAUGUGAAAGUUUGUGUGUGCUUGCCUGUCAGUCUGUUUACAAGCACUCAUAGUUUUGUUUGUGAAUGUGCUUUUAUGUGUGAUUUAUUUGAUAAAUUUAGUACUUUUAUUUGUUCGAAUGUACAUUAAACAUUCAUAUAGAAAUAGGAUGUGAUAUACUGAAUAGCCUUACUCAUUUAGGCUCAUGUAUGUAUAAUAUAUGAUAACAGAAAAGGCUGGCGCAUUACAGAGAUUUUUAGUCAAAUCAAAUUAUUAAGGAGACUGUAGUUUUGGAUUAUUCACUAUAAAAUUUUCAGAAUUAUAUUAAAUUUAGUUUAAUUUCUUAUGAUUACCUGUGUGUAUGCAUGUGUACUUACAUUAGCACAUACAUUCACAAACACACAAACAUGCACAUACAUAUACCAAGGUGGUCUUAAAUCUUAGGAUGCUACAGAAACUGAGGCUCUUAACAUUCUGUAUAAGAAACUUUGAAGCAUCAGUAUAGUUAGUGAAACUAGACAAGCGAUUUUUAAAGGCUGGAAUGAGUAAACACAAAUGGAAAGUUAAGACUUCAGUGAGGUAGAGAUGUAAGAAGAGACUUUAUUCAACCAGAGAACACAGUGUGUGUGUAAAAUGUAAUAGGUAAGGGAGUCAUUGUAACAAAUUAUGUAUAUAUGGGCACAUAAACUCACAAAACCAAAUGCGUGUGCUGUAUACAGAUGCAUACACACAAUGGAGGACAAUAGGACACAAUCCUAACUUUUUAUAAAAAAAAAAGUAAAAAUAUUGGAAAGUAUAGGAUUUCUGUACAGAGAGAAAACUGUAUUGAAGUUGAGUGAAAUGAACUCCAGGUGGAAAUUGCAUAUGUCAUACUCAAAGUUUAAAAGUAAUUAUGACAAAUAAGUAAACCAGAUGCCAUGAGCAUACCUGCCUGUAAAUGCAAACAGGCAAGUACAGACAAACACUCAGACAGACAUGCACAUACAUACACAGACACACACAUACACAGACACACACAUACACAUACACACACCCAU